AUGUCUUCCCAGCCUACUUCCGACACACACUCCCAAUCGCCGCCUUCGACUCCGCGCGCCACCCGGCCCGUCUCCCACACGACCUCCACCGCCGGCGGUCCCACCAUCCGCAUCGUUGAGGACCCAGGCUCUCCCGUCUAUGGAAAAUCCCCCUACCCGGCCGAGUCGGCGCAAGUCCUGUCGCCAAUCCUGUCGCCAUCACGUCAUGAUGGCCUUGCCUCGCCUGUUUCAGAUGCGGGACGCUCACCCAGUCCUGGCGCAGACUCGCAACGGGGUUCGUUUGUGCAGCGAAUGGCCGCUCGGUACGAGCACCUGGGCACCAAGCCGGCCCCGUCAGAGCCACGACAGUCUUCCGCGUCUUAUCGCGCGUCGACGUCAACCACGACGUCCAAUGCCGAGACGUUGGCCACGCUCGCUGCGCCUUCCUCCCCUUCUUACAACCGUUUUUCCCAAGGCACCACCCCGCCAACAUCACCCCUACCCUCGUUCUCCGACCGCAAGCAUGACAGCUUCGGCAGUCUGAGCUUACUCCAGGAAGAGAAGCCUGCGCCUGCACCUGCACCUGCGCCUGCACCUGCGCCGAGUGCGCCGAGUGCGCCGACUGUCCGCGCUGUUAUUCCUUCUUCGUCCACCACUGGCGACACCGCCUCGAGCUUCAGACCGUCUCAGGAAAACUCGAGACUUUCGCAGGACUAUUCGCACGAUAUAACACAGACUACGUACGACGAUUCCGAAACUUCCACGCCGACUUUGACGUACCAUCACAAGGAUCGUCACGGCUCUUUCAGUUCUUUUUCUUCUUCGCGCAACACACCUGCUGAUCGGCCAGCCAGUCGCGGAAAGGGUCCCGAGAACCGCCAAAGCUUUUGGGGAAGCUCUUUUGACGAAGCCUCCGAUGACAGACCUCCCACUCGCGGGAGCAACUACAUCCGCCACGGUUCCGACUCCGACGAGCCCGAGCGGCCCCCGACAAGGGGCUCCAACAGCAUCCGCAGUUUCUCAUCUGGCCACACCGUUAACAGAAGACCGUCGAGAGCAAAUCUCAGGGAAGCCUCGGACCAGUCGUUUAGCAGUGGAGAACCAAUCAACCGUCCGCGGUCAUCGAGCAGUCCACUUGGCACCUCGCAUGAAAACCGCUCAAUUGAGGAUAACUCCGUCAUACACUACCCCAACCGGCCAUCUUCUUCUGGUGAGGAAUGGUCUCGUUCGCGCAUUUUUCCGCCCCCGCCUCCACCUAUGCCCGAGCCCGAAUCACCGCCAAGGAGGUACAAAUGGAGUCCCCCACUUUCGACCAUCGAGUCGGUUUCCGAGCCGCGGACCGGCUCGGUAGCCAGCACAAUGGCUCUCAGUGGAAUGACUCGCUCAAACAGGAGGCAGACAAUGGGUAGUUACGGUUCGUCGGAUCCGUGGACUUCGUCUGAGCAUCGUUCUUCCGAGAGCCGCCCGGACAUUCCCUCAACCCCAAGCGAGUUUUCGGUGUGGCCCCGCCCGGUCUUCGCCGGAUCAAGGAACGGAACCGGUCAGGUGGAAAGCCGGCAUUCAGAAGAGGGCAACGAUACGGUGGGAGAGCUGCAACCUCAGCCGCUACGUCUUCAGCGAUCUGGUCUGUUUCGGAGAGGUUCAAAUGGGAACCUGUCCAAUGACGGACGGCCAGACACUGCAGCGUCGGACCGCAGCUCUUACUCCAGCCUCUUCGCCAAUAGUCUCCCACAAUGGGCGAGGCUAUACUACCGUCGCAGCGAACGUCUAUCCCUGGCGACAGACUCUUCCAGUUCUCCCAGCAACAGCCCUCUUCCCAGCCGCUCUGCAACUGUGCACUCGGGCACCAGCCGCUCACCAACAGAGGCCAACUUUCCCAUUCACCCAAUCUGGUCUCCGCGACGUCGGCCGCACGAGCGCGACUAUUCGGGGUCUACCUCGGGUCGCGGAUCGCUGGGACCGAACGUUAUGCCGUACGACUCCCAGGAUUCUAUUUCGACUGCACCGCAGCGGAGGCCUGGCCAACGGGCUGAAGGCGCGAGCCGUGGUCGUGCCAACACGGCUGGAACGAGGAGCAUGCCUCCUCCGACUGCGGGUGGAAGAGAGUCGUUCACACCUAGGUUGCGGCGCAACCGCAAGAGUGUGACGCUGAGCGUCUGGACAGCCCCAAGCAUGGACCAGGCGCUCGGUGCACCUGCGAACAAGUUUAUUCUGCUCUUUGCACUUGGAUUCAUUCUGCCGCUGUGCUGGUUCAUUGCGGCAAUCCUCCCGCUCCCUGUGCGGCCCAACGACGAGUUCGAGCGUCUUGAGAGCGAGAAGAUGAUGGCGGAGAAGGACCAGAGCAAGGGCAAAGAGCGAGCAACCGAGUUGCAGCCGACUGCGCCGGGAGGUGGGGCCAUGACGGGAAAUGAAACUAAUAUCGAAGCGGGACUCGGCCUGGAUCUACGGAAUAAGACGCAAAUACACCAGAGGGACUGGGCGCAAGAAGAAAGAUUAUGGCAAAAGGCCAAGUGGUGGCGGAGAGUUAAUCGGGUCAUGUCGGUGAUCGGAGUCGGCGUCAUCGCAGCAGCUGUCGCCCUCGCUGUGGUUUAUACGAGGUAA